AUGCAGUCGCCACCUCUUUUCUGCUGUUUCGGACUGGUGGUGGUUUUCCUGGCAGCUUUCCGCUACCGCAGCGGGAAAAUUUUCUCCUCACAGGCGUUCAGCGCCGCGUGGACUCUGGGUGCGGUUGUUCAAGAAAGGGUGACAGCACUGCUUGGGGUGCCUACCAUGUUCAAUGCCGAGUUCCGAAUACUCGAAGCGAAGAGGCAUUGUAUCACCACGCUGCGGACGGGUCUGGCCGCUGGGUCUCCCGUUCCACCGUCCCUGUUCAGGAGUAUGAAAAGGGAGAGGGGUUUUAUGGGUAUGCUGAUCAGCUGUGGCAUGACGGAAAACAGCCCUGUCACCUUCAUCAUGUCGUUGGACGAUAGCGAGGAGACCAUGUCGACCACCAUAGGCAGGGUUCUGCCACAUACGCGGACUAAGGUCGUCGAUCCCGAGGGCAACACUGCUCUGGUCGGACAGAAAGAGACGCUUGAUUUGCAAUCUUCCACUGGCGGAAGCAGCUUGAAGAAGGGCUGGUGCGCCGACGGUUGA